UCAGAAGCUGGACCCCACCAUAUGGGGAUACUCCUUUCUGAGAUACAUCCUGAGAAAAACUAAAUCACAAUAGUGUAUAGAAUUGUGACAUAAAAAUUUGGAACAGAAACUGCUGAGAAAGCUUAUGAGUACCCCUAUAAAUAUCUGUAAGUCCCAACUACUGGCGUGCAGUUGGAGGGAAAAUUUCCCCCACUGUACCCAGUGCUGUAUUGCCCAUACUUUACCAUCUUAAUUAAUAAACUGAUUGCUUCUUGAAUAUUGGCUUAGUCAAGCCUCUCAUUUAUAACACUGGGAAUCCUUAACUUUGCCUCUCCCUGCCCUGUUCAGAGCCAGGCAGUUGUUUUUUCGGUCCGGCUCUGGGUUUCUCCAUGCUGUAGCCGGCACCGUCCCUGAGUUCCAGCUACCACUGUGGAACUUCUAAUACAUCUAUCCACCACCCCGGGAUUUUUUUGCUCAUUUCUGCCAGCUGUGACGGUAACUGCACCAAAGGGGAAAGUGCCAGCAUCCAAGAUGGCUUUUACUGGGUCCCUGGUUCUGUUUGUUGUUAAUGUCAUAGUUACUGUUUUGUUUGCCUUGUUAUACAUACUAGUAAAGAAUUGUUAUUCCUAUCCUCAUAUCUUUGCCUGAGAGCCCCUUGAUUUCAAAUUUAUAAUAAUUCGGGGGGAGGGGGUUUACAUUCACCAUUCCAAGGGAGGCUCCUGACUUCCCUAGCAGACACCUGUCUUUCAGACCAAGACACCAAUUUAAUGAGCAGUAUUGAGAUUUUGGGUCAUACUUCUUUCUUGCUUUCAGCCAAAUCCCUGUGAAAUAACUGUCCUGUCAUUUUUAAAAUAGGCAGUGUUAUAUUUGCCCAAUUAUCCCAUCAAAAAAAAAAACCCAAACAAAAAUGUAACAGCAAUUUUAAUUAAGUAACUUAAAAUAUAUAAAAUUGAAUACACUUGAAAUAUUGACAAUGUAAUUUGGUUAAAAUAAAAAAAAAUUUGGUUCUGAUAACAGCACAUAAGCAAAAAUAACCGUGUGGGGUAUGCAGUGCAGGGCUUGACCCCCGCCACCUCACGAACAAGCCUGCCAAGCCAGAAUUCCCUCUUUUAUGCUGUAUGUCAUCACCAUCUCCUCCCAUUUUCGAUUUGUCACACUUUGUAUCUCCAUCCUCAUCACCUUUACCAGGCAUGCUCCACCAUUCUUUUAGGGGGUCGUACCACUCUUUGGGGGUCUUCUUUGAGGAAGGCCUCUUCUCUUCCUCGGUGUCCUUUAAUUCACCUUUUGGAUUACACAUGCACACCAAGCUGGUAUAGUAUAAGCCAAUAUUAUGUUCUAACAUUAAAGCAAUAAAUCUCAUAUAAUUAACAUUUUCCUGGUGUCCAACCAAAUUCUCUCUUUCAACUAAAUUUAGUAAUAGUUAUCUCUUGCUUCUUCCUGUUCUAAACAUCUGCAGGAGAAAGUGGGGGAGCCCCUCCUCUCCCUUUCUUUCUUGGCAUUACACCUUUAACUGUUUCAUUAAUUAAUUAGUAUCAAUAUUGAUUAUUGUUUCAAUUCUGUCAGCACGAAUCAUACUUAUUUAUUGCAGCAGAAAUGAGGGAAAAGGGAAAAUGACCCCCACACAUAUUCAUGCAGAAGGGCUUUUGUCACACAUCUGAGAAAUGGCUGAAUUUGAUGGUGAUUUUAAUAAUUCUUAUUCACUGUCCUGCCCCUACAGCAUCUACUGAAUCCUCUCUAGUUCUCUGAGAUUAUCCCAUUUCAGAAAAUAUAUUUUUUCCCUUCCAUCCACACCAGUUUUUUUUUAGUAAAAUAUUUGCUGAAGUUCAAGGUUUGGGUUUUGUCAGCACUUUUUAAACACAUGGUUGUGACAAACCUCAUAGUUUUGACAAACCAAAGUUUUUUGACAAACCCAAGAACUGAUUUUCACUGUCACUAACCCAGGAAAGGAGCUUAAUAAUUUGACCACUGAUAUGUGGUGUCGUGGGCUGGAGACAGACACAUGACACACUAUGGAGAGUCACCAGCAAAGAGCAUUGAGCUUAAUAUGGCUACCCUGCUUAUAGGGCGUUUGAAUCUCCCAGCUUAGACAGCUGAUUGGAUGGGACCUCUCUCCCCCCCAGUUCUCUGGCCAGUGAUGUAUCUGCAUCUAAGCUUGAACAAGGUUGGCUGAGGUCUUUGUUAGUUUUUUCCAGAAUGAGCCAGGUCAGCCGAAUUGGAUUUGUUAUGGCUAGAUUUACUUUGUUCAGCUACAGACUAGCUGUGCUGUGACAGACUGACUACUCCUAGCUCUGCUCCUCUACCUGCCUCUUUUCACCCCCAAAAAGGUUUCAGUUGGGGAUUAACAAGGUGGAUUAGUUUGAUAUAUCAUAAACUGAGUGUUUAGACAGAACAGAAAAUAGAAAUACACCUAUUUUAUAGGUGUUGCCAAGACCAUGGAGGUACAGUUUUGUAUCACUUGGGGUCACACAGUAUUUCAUGUGUCACAGAUGUCCAAGAACCAUAAAUUCUUGAUCUGUAAAGAUUGGAAAAUGAAGGUUCACAAGCCCUUCUGAACAUUUUUUGCCUUAAUUCAUUGCUACAUUCCAAAGCAUUAGACUUGCCAUAUGCCAGAAUUCUGGGAAAAUAGAAUAACUCAAAGCCACAGGAAUCUCACACAUCAGGCACCUGGGCAUCCCUGCAGAGCUGAAGGAUUUGCCAAGAUUUGUGUUUUGCCAAAAUGUCCACAGUAAAAUGCUGCAGACGAUUAUCUAGAGGAAAAAAAACCAAAAAACCCCAAAAAUAAAAACAAAAAACCCACCAAAAACCAAAAAAUCAAAACACAACAAAGCCCAAACCCACCCUAAAAAUCCAACUCAACUAUGCACCCACAAAUGGAAAUGAGAGAUGAGGGUGAGCGGUGGCAGAGCCAUGAGGCACAGGUGAGCCCAGGGAUGCUCAGAGGAUGCUGUAACACAGAUCCUGUGUAAUCCCCAAACAGUAGGGGAUUAGAGAACAAACCUGAAGUUUUUAGGGCAGCUCCAAGUGACAGACAGCUAGGGUGCUGCUACUCAGGUUCAGAGGUACUUCCUUGGGUGCUGACUGCUGCAGGUUUUCACUUGUUUUCUGCUUAAUGGGGAAAAAAAAAACGUCUUAAUUACCAGCCAAAGAGGUUCAUUAUCAGCCUGGCAUUCCAGCUCCUUUCUUUGGCACCUUCCAACCCUCUGAACUCAGGUAUCACUCUUGGAUCUUACGCCAUUCCAGUGCCUUAGGCCACUCAUUCUUAGGCAGUAAUUGAAAGGUCUAAUAAAAAACUGGUUAUUUGUCCAGGACACAUAGUCCCCCACCUGGGGAGAGUUCCCAGCAGGUUUCCAUUGUUUUCCUCAUGUGACAUUUUUGGGGAGGCUCCCUUCCCAGCCUAUGACUGCUCUAACUGCAGGGAUGCCCAUCAUGUCUCAGAGCACAAAACCCAGCUGACGUACUGUGGACAAACCUUAAAUAGCCCAGCACAAGCUCCAGCUGAUGCUGCGUAACCCUGACUCCAUUAGAUGAGUCAGGAUCCAAUCCCAUCAGCACUUAAAAGCCUUCCAGACCUACAUCCCUUAUCCCAAAUCAUCAGCAACAAAGAGAUUCUGUCAUCACCCCUCUGCAACAAGGAUGAGCCUGCAGUGAAGGUCCCCCCAUGACUGCAGCCCUGCAGAUGACAGCAUUCGGGCUCACUCUUCUCUCAACACUCUUCCUACUCCUGGCCACGUGCACGGACUGCUGGAUGGUCAAUGCUGAUGACAGCUUGGAGAUAAGUCACAAAUGCCGGGGCCUUUGGAGGGAGUGUGUCACCAACAUGCAGGACGGGGUCAGGACCUGUGACCAAUAUGACUCAAUUCUGGCUGACCACCCAGGCAUCCUGGGGCUCAUAGGCUCCGUGUGGUAUGCAGUGGACGUCUACGUGGAGAGGGCCAUGCUGGUGUCACACAAUAUAUUCCUGGGAGUCUACUAUGACUUUGGGUGGUCAUGCUGGCUGGGGAUGGCUGGCUCCAUGGGCUGCUUUGUGGCAUCUGUCCUGCUGACCUGCUGCCUCUAUGCCUGCACAGCUCCCAGCAGCCACUGUCAACUCCAGAGACAUCUCCAGCCCCGGGGCACCCAGACAGCCACCAGCAAGAUGUACGCCAUGGAUUCUCGUGUGUGAUGGCCAGCAGCACCUCCUGCACCUAGCCCUGAUAUGGGACACUCUCCCUGUCAGUCUGACCCCAUUAAAGCACUAGCACCUGUACUGAGACAUUUCUGCAGCUGCUUCCAGCCUCUGACAUAGCCAGCUGACUGCUAAAAGCAAAGGUACUGCAGCAGUCAGCCAGGGAAGGGUUUUUCCUCCACUUCCAGCCAGGUGUCAUGAAAAUAAAUCCCAGAAAAGUAUUGCUUUAAGGAAAGAUUACCCUGUUGCCUGGGAAAGCUGUCAGGACACUGAAGGCAGAGUAGCUCCUCUGACAUUGCUCAGCCCAUGCUUUGGGGGAAUUUAGUGGGAAGUCUUUUCCACACGGAGCAGCACUGACUCCAUGUGGCUGAUAGCCCUCCCACACCAGCCCCACUGGAAACCUUCCCUGGGCUCGGAUUCAGGGUGGCACAAGGCUUGUGCUCAAAAACUGAGUAAAACCAGGACUCUGGAAUACUUAGUUAUCCAUGUUUUCAUGGGGGAUCAUGAAGGAACACCAAAGCCGUACACACCAGACACAAGGAGGUGAGUCAGUCUAAAGCCUGAUGGAGAUGCUCUGUCAGCAGAGUGUGGUUUUCAAGUUCACACAAAAUGGGAAUUCUCUUUUGGAAAUGAAUUAUUAAUCUAUCAGCAUUUGUAAACCAUUAUGAAAACAAACCAGAACCUGAAACCACCAACUCAAUCCCCACCAUCCUUAAUUACUGAAUGUUGGUUGUGGCCUCAUUCCUUUCUCACCCCAAGCUAAGCACACAGACACCAAUUGCAGCACAGGGAAACCAAGCAGAAGCUCCUCAGCACUGUCACCCUGAGAGAAGGAAGGCCAAGCACCAGGCCCGAGCAGAUGGUGUUGCAGGGGCACAGCCAGUCCCCAAAACAGAUAGGUGUGAAGACUUGCAGUCCCAGUCCUGCAGCCCAGGCAGGCUGCAAAGCACCUGCAUCCAAAACCUAGAGCUGUAAGGGUCUUCUUGAGCCAUCUGCCCCCUCACAUGAAGCCAAAAGGCAGCAAAGCUGUUGUUUAUUGCAGCUUCUCACACUUCUGCAAGAUGGAAUGUCCGGGGCAAGUCUGUCCAUUUUCCAGGACCCCAGGAAAGGAGAAAAAUCCAAACACUGAGUGACAGGAAGGGGCAGAGAUGAGAUUGUGCUGUCAAACAGCAGUGUCUGGAUGGCAGAAUGCUCACAGAUGGCACAGCCAGGAGAUGGGCAGGUGCAUUAGCAGGUGCUUGGAGACAGCAAAGCCUGGAGCACUAGGAUUGUUGGGACACCUGGGGUGAUUGGGACACUGGAGCCCACAGGAAAAUUAUUAAGAGCACAGAACUCACUAGUAGUAUGUGAAAGGUCCCAAAAGCUGCCAUUGGACAUCGACCCCCCCCUGCAGGUGCUCUGCAGUGGUUCUAACAGGUGCUGUCAGACCAAGGCACAGCUCUGAGCUCCAUGCUGAGGGAGCAGCCCCUACUUACCAGGUUCUCACCAUGGCAGUGGGGUGCAGCCAAGGCCAGUUUUGUCAUAAGGCACAGCUCCUUGUCCAUGCUUCUGCACCCAGCUGGCUCUGCAGUGCACUCAUGCAGCAAUUGUGCUAUAGCACAGCCCCAAUGACAAGUUUGGGAUAUUUUAGGUAUCUAGAACCUGGCACAGGCUGCCCCAUCCCUGGAAGUGUUCAAGGCCAGCCUGGACAGUGAUUGGAGUAACCUGGUCAAGUGGAAGGUGUCCCUGCCCCACUGAGAGGGCAUGGGAUGAAGUGAGCUUUAAGGUUCCUCAUUCCUCCAACCCAAAUCAAUGUCUGAUGUUACCAUUUUUGGGGGAGGGUUCCCCUUUUUUUUUAAGCACCCUCACACCACCUCAGGUCUGCAAGUGCUGUAUUCUACCAAGGACACAGCCAAGCUGUACCAACAGCUCCUGGAAACACACUGGGCUAGCGCUAGAAACUCCCACCCCUCUGUGCCUGCCCAUCAUUCUCCGAUGUGACUCGACUGCACCUUCAUUGGUUUUUUUAUUUCAACUUUUGUGCUUUACUCCACCAGCCUGUAUGCCCAAAGAGUAAAUCAGUCAUUUUUUUCCCAAACCUUCUAUGAAUACUUAAAACCUUUAAAACACCUAAGCACACAUGGUAACUCUUUAAGACCUUUAUUAACAGAUGCUUGCAGUUUGACUUGAAAAAAUCAGGCGUAUAUUUCAUACAAAUUAAAAAUGAGGUUCUUAAAAAUCUCAAUGUGACCAGAUAUGAAACAAUUUACAAACUUUUAAAGGUAUAUUGAGAAAAACCAGGCUUU